GAUCUCUCUGCCUCCUCAGCAACAGAGAGCUUCCUGAAACCAACACAACAGAGACCAACGUCUGUUUAAGCAUCGCUGUGUGAAGACUCCUUCAGCCACUUCAUCACCAUGGCAACAGACAGGAUGAAGAAAAACUCAUCGAACAGUGUCCAGAUCAGUUCAGGACCUCCUGCCGUCUACAAACUGAAACCACAGAAAAAGAACUUUGGAAGAUUCACAAGAGUAACUGUAGGUGAAAAAAAUCCAGACAAGAUAAAUAAAACCAUCUUACUUGUGGGUGAAACUGGAGCAGGAAAAUCUGCUCUGAUCAACGCUCUGGUCAACUACACCAUGGGAGUGAAGUGGGAGGAAAAAGUCUGGUUUCAGAUCGUAGAGAAGAGCAGUCAGACAGAAAGUCAGACAUCAGAUGUGAUCGUGUACGAGAUCUUUGGUUUUGAAGAUAAAACUCUGCCCUACUCUCUGACCAUCAUUAAUACUCCUGGAUAUGGAAAAAAGAAAGGGAUUAAACACGAUGAAAUUGUCAGGCAAAAAUUAUUGGACUUGUUCCGAUCAGAGGAUGGAAUUCAUGAAGUUCAUGCAGUGGGUCUGGUGGUGAAGGCGGGGGAGAAUCGUCUCACUGACCGACUCACGUACAUCUUCAACUCAGUGCUGUCUUUAUUUGGAAAAGAUGUGGGUAGAAACAUUGUAGUUCUCAUCACACACUCAGGGAUUGGAACACCUACAACUACACUUAAAGCUUUUGAUGAUGCAAACAUUAAAUGUGUCAGAAAUAAGGAAAAUGUGCCUGUUCACUUCCUGUUUAAUAACCAACAGAACAUCCUGAGAAAAAAUGAAAAUGAGUUUUUUCUAUUGCACGCAUGGAAAGUAACAAAUACAGAAUUCCGUCGAUUAAAAGAGUUUCUGGAGAAGACUUCACCUCAACAGCUGCAGACAUUUAUGUUGAAUGAACGAAUCAGACUAACAGCCUGCAUCCAAAACCUGCAUGAAAGAAUUGAACUGACUGAACUGAAACAGUCAGAAAUCCAACAGUUUCAACAAGCUCUGAUGAAUAAAAACCAGGAGAAUAAGAAGUUCACUGUUGAAAUUGAUGAGGUCUACAAAGAGAAAAGACCUAUAAAUGGUGGGAGACGGUCGUUUUUUUAUGAAGGAGCUGUCUGCUGUAUGGUCUGUGAGGAGAACUGUCACUUCCCUGGAUGCACAAUUGCCUCCAACCCUGAAACCUGUGAGGUUAUGGAAGAGGGCCACUGUACUUCAUGUACUGGUAGGUGUCCUGCAUCAAAUCACGUGAAAGACAAGUGGAGGUAUGUGGCCAGUAGAAAGAGAGUUCAGGGGACCAAAGAAGAAAUAAAAAUGAAGUUUAAGAACAAAGGGAAACUUUUAAAACGUCUAAAUGAGGUCAUGAAAGUUCUAACCAGAGAGAAGUCAGACUACCUGGAUGAGUCCUACCAACUUGUUGUCACACUGCAGCGGAACGUUAAUUCAGUGUCAGCUUAUGUACAUGUGGACUUCCUGAUUGAGAAGAUGAAGGAGAGAGGAGACACAGAGAAGGUCCAGAAACUGGAGGAGAUGAGAAGCAGAGUGGAUGAAAGAACCAGAGCAGCAUUAAGGAUCAGUAACAGAUUAUCAGAGGAUGAAAAUGUUGAUCUGAUCUCUUCAGGAUUCCCUGCUGUCUACCAGCUGAGACCAAAGAAAGAGACAUUUGGAACUUUGACAAGAAUGACUGUUGGUGAAAAAAAUGUGAAGAAAACAAAUAAAACCAUCUUACUUGUGGGUGAAUCAGGAACAGGAAAAUCCACUUUGAUCAAUGCUCUGGUCAAUUACACCAUUGGAGUGAAGUGGGAGGAUGAAGUCUGGUUUCAGAUCUUAGAGGAUGUAAAUACAAGUCAGGCAGAAAGUCAGACAUCAGAUGUGAUCGUGUACGAGAUCUUUGGUUUUGAAGAUAAAACUCUGCCCUACUCUCUGACCAUCAUCGAUACUCCUGGAUACGGAGACACCAGGGGGAUUGGAUGUGAUGAGAUUGUCAUUCAAAGAUUAUUUGACUUGUUCCGAUCAGACGAUGGAGUUCGUGAAGUUCAUGCAGUGGGUCUGGUGAUGAAGGCGAGCGUUAAUCGACUGAGUAACCGACUGUCAUACAUCUUUGAUUCAGUGAUGUCUCUGUUUGGAAAAGACAUGGAGAAAAGCAUUGUAGCUCUGAUCACACACUCAGAUGGAAGACGUCCUAAAAAUGCUUUUCAAGCUCUUGAAGCAGCAAAAAUAAACUGUGCCAAAAAUGAGAAGAACCAGCCUGUUCACUUCCUGUUUAAUAGCUGCCAGCAUGAAGACCGAACAGAGGAAGAAGAAUACCUGAAAAUUGCUGGUCAAAUAUCAGAGAAAGGAAUGAGAGAUUUCACAGAUUUUCUGGAAAAAACUUCACCUCAAAAACUUGACAAAACUGUGGAUGUUCUGAAUGAACGAAUCAGACUGACAGCCUGCAUCCAAAACCUGCAAGACAGAAUCAAACUCACUGAACUAAAGCAGACAGAAAUCAGACAGAUUCAAGAAGCUCUGAAAAAACAUAAAGAAGGGAUGAAAAAACAUCAGAAUUUCACUGUUGAACUUGAUGAAGUCUACAAAGAUAAAAAACAUAUAAAUGGUGGAAUGUAUUUUGUUUUUUAUAGAGGAGCCGUCUGCUGUACAAUCUGUGAAGAGAACUGUCACUAUCCUGGAUGCACAAUGGCCUGGUAUGCUAAACACUGUGAGGUCAUGAAAGAUGGCUGCUGCACUGUUUGCACUGGGAAGUGUCUUGCAUUAGAUCAUGUGAAAGAAAACUGGAUCUAUGUGACAAAGACAAGAAAAAUUCAGAGGGCUAUAGAAGAUGUGAAACAGAAGUAUGAAAAGCACAAGGCAGAAAGUCAAAACACACUGAGCUUGUUGCAAAAUCUUGAACGUGAAAUGAACCAACUGACAGCAGAGAAGUCACAGUUACUGGAUGAGUCCUACCAACAUCUUGUCAGACUGGAGCAGAUCGCUCUGAAAGCUGAUUCAGCGUCCACUAUUCUCCACCUGGACUUCCUGAUUGAGAAGAUGGAGGAAGAAGGAAACACAGAGAAGGUCCAGAAACUGGAGGAGAUGAGAAGCAGAGUGGAUGAAGGAACCAUAGACGCUCUGCAGUACACUUACAGUAUGGUCAAAAAAGUGCCAAAAACAAAGAUUCACUAAAGUAAAAAAAUGUUUUUAAAAAUCAAAUUUUUAAACAUCAUCUUUAAACAUCAAACAUUCCCUUUUUUAGAUGAAUUUUUGUUUGAUAAAUGUGGAAAUUUGCACCACAAACCACACCAGCGUUUUGUCAGAUCAAGCAAGGCUUGUCAACUUAAUAAAUAAAUAUACAUUUUUCUCCUUUCACCCCAGACAACAAAGUUCUUCACCCAUUUGCAUCCAUCCUUUACAUUACUGCCAUCUUGUGUCAGCAGCCAGCUAUCGAUGCUGAAAGCUGCGCUUGUUUCAUGCUCAUAGGAAAGUGUAGUCUCUGUUCGAUGGCCGUGUCAACAUCCAGAAGCUGGGGAGCAUGUCUUGUCUAAUAAAACAGGCAAGUUGAGCAGGUGCAGACUCAGCAGUGCUGUCGGAUUAAUAUCUGUAAAAAUGUCUAAUAUGACACCAUGUGAGUGAUGUGUGGAUGAUGUUGCUUUGAAAAAAAAACUCUGUUUAAUUUUUCCGUUUAAAACAUUUAAUUUUCAUUCAUAUUUUAAUCUCCCCAUAGCUAUCGACAGUUAACUGUGUCACAUAAUUCUCAAGCUUUUUAAUUCAGCAGAUUUUUUUUCUUAUGUUAUUAAUGCAUUUUUAUAUUCUUAAAAAUAACUAGCUUAGCUUUAUGUAAAAAUCAUUGUAUGCAAUAUUUUAAAAUUGUGUUCAACUAAUAAUACACAAUUAAUUCAUGUAGAGUAACAGUAAAAAUAUCAUUGUAUGAUGAGAGAGACUCGGGACUCAGUGGAGAAAUCCAGUCCAGUCCUGAAAUCUGAUCUUCUUUUAUCUGAUUGAUAGUUUGGAUUCUUCAUGUGUGUUCAUGCUCUCAAUGACUGCUUGAAAUAUUUCUGAUGACUCAGGCCGAGUGGAAACAUUUGGAUCUCUUCACGUUGGACUUGAUUUGUUCAAAUUCUCUAUAUUCUGUUCUUCCACAUGAAAUCAUCUCCUGCUUGAUGCACUUUUCUGUCAAUCCUGAAUAAAAUCUCAGCUUCAUUCAGUCA